AUGCCUAACAGCAUGAGCAAGGACGACGCGGCCCGCAUUCAGUCUACUCAAGCCAAGAGCGGUGCUGACAUGUCCUCCUCCGGCUUUGCGGCUCGAGCCCAAGGCGCCGGCGACCGUGCCGCAAACGAGGCCAGCACUGCUUCCAACACCGGCUCUGGUGGCGGAGUCUGUGGCGGCAAGGGAGGUGGAAAUAAUAAGGGUGCUGGAGCUGGUGGCAAGGAUGGUGGCGCGAAGAAGUAG